AUGUCGACCGAAGUAGAAUUACAUGUUAAGGAAGAAAUUGUAAGGCUUGUUAAAGCCAAAUUUAUUAGGCCAGCUAGGUAUGUAGAAUGGCUUUCAAAUAUUGUACUUGUAAAGAAAAAGACGGGAGCAAUAAGAAUUUGUGUUGAUUUUCGUAAUCUCAAUCUUGCAACUCCUAAAGAUGAAUACCCUAUGCCUAUGGUUGACCUCAUAGUUGAUGGGGCAGCCAAGCAUGAGAUCUUAUUCUUCAUGGAUGGGCACUCAGGCUAUAAUCAAAUUUUCAUAGCCGAGGAGGAUGUCCACAAGACAGCCUUUAGAUGUCCCGGUUCUAUUGGAACCUUUGAGUAUGUGGUGAUGCCAUUCGGCCUCAAGAAUGCUGGAGCCACAUAUCAACGAGCGAUGAAUGCUAUCUUCCAUGACAUGAUCGGUCGAAACUUGGAAGUUUACAUCGAUGAUGUAGUUGUGAAGUUGGUCUGUCCUUGCAAGUGCACAAGAUUAAUGUAG